AUGAUCAGCUGCGAGAACGGCCUCUCUCCUGGGGACUGGGCCACGGAGGAGCUCAAUGCCCGACGCUUUGUGGCAUGCCGCAUGCUGUGGCAGCUGAGGAAUGCAAACAAGGAGGCUUUUCGGGAGGUCGGCGCUCCAACAGACUUCGCCGAAUUCCGCAUCCAAUGCCCUGCCGACCUCACACCCUCGCCUGUGCUUAAGUCUGUGCUGCGUGAUGAGCUCAAUCAUAGCACGGUGGUGAUCGGAGUCGACGGGAUGCAAGGUCUGCCUGGAUUUACUGACCGCAGUGAUGCUGCGGGCAAGGACCUGCCAUUCUAUCAGGUGAUGCAGGAGGUCUGCCGCCUCGUCAACCAAAUGGAAGGCCCCUUUGUCGUAGCCUGUGUGGCCGCUUUGCAAAAUGUGAAGAGUGGACUUGCUGGCAGUCCCCAGGCCCGAGUUUUUCUGGAGCUGCCACGCGUGACCGCCGUAACCCGCAACAAACAGCCGGUGCUGCCCGGCCACCGCCUAAAAGACCUUCUGAUCGAAGACAUGGGCGGGCAUGGCAGAGCUUUGGAGUGCCUUCUAGAGGCCUUGAUGGAGAUGCCCAACGCUGCAGCAACUGCCUUGGUGGGUGCAGUUAUGAGACAAUUGAGGCAGAAAUAUCCCGACGCCAUUCAGCUUGAGCCAGAGGCAGACCUCAAGGAACUGCUUCGCGCAGCUGUUUCAGGCAGAUGGAUUUCGUCUCGCGACACGGUCGGCAAUCUAGAUCCUGAGAAGGUGGAGCUUAUUCGCGUCAAGUUCAAGGACGGCGACCCCUCCCAGUGCUUGUACCGCAUCGACUUGCCCUACAUUUGGUUGCACUUGAUGCUGAGUUUGUCUAAGUUCUCUGACGAUUUGCAACCGUGGAACUUGAUGGACUACCACUUGUUUGAGUCAGAACCAACCUGGCAACAGUGGGAAGAAUUCAAUGCCAGGUUUCGAGUGUUGCGAGCGUCUGCGUUUGAGGAUGGACAAGUAGUUGACAUUGCCGAUCUACACAGGGGUGCAGUGAUCCAGCCUGACAGCUUGAAAAGCACCAAGGUCAUCAACCGGCAUCUGCAAUUUGCCAAAUCCGGGCACCAAUUGUUCUCGAGGUCCUCAUGCUGCGGCAAUCCCAAAGCUCGGACAAAUUUACCUAAGGGACUGGGAAUGCACCAGUGCGUAGUUGAAAUGACAAACCAAAGCCUUACAGUGACGUUGACUGACAAACGUGUUUUAGUGGUGAAUGCCGCCGGAGCUCCAGCUGCUGAUGCCUUUCUCAUGUUGGAAGAGGUGGGGGCAGGGGGCAACAAUCACACCAUCUCUGAAUGUUUGCAAUGCAAGAAGGGCGAGUCUCGAUUAGAAGUGGAGAUCGAGCUUGACAAAGCAUGCGACAAAGCUGACAUCCUGGUGCUUUUGCUGACAACGACAAAGACUGUGCCACACAGCGGCGGACAGCGCUUGAUCUUCGUAUCUGAAGCGCAGUACCAGGAGUACUUUGGCUUCUACGCUGGUAGAGCCUUCUAUCAAACCAGGGCGGCCAAACCUUGA